CAUCAACCAAGAACACGUAGGUAUCAUCACAGACAUCUGCCCUCGUAGCGAAGACCGACAUGUCUGGUCUCUAGACUAUGUAGAAAAAGGCCCGAUGUCUCGCAUUAUUCCUUUUGUUUGGGCAGAGGCAAGGGUUGGGGCUAUAGCAGCUCCCACAUAAGGUUUAUCGAUUAGGCGCUGCCAUAGCAACCAACUGCCGUGACAUGCCAACACACACGUCCACACCGACAAACUCACCCUUAACCUUCAACACAGACCAAAACUCGACCUGGAAAGCGCUGCUCCAUAUUUUCAUGCCCCAUUCCAGUCCCAAUAAGUCUCCCAAUGUCAUUGUCCUCGUUAAGAAUAUCACAUCUUCAGUCUUUCAUCCUCCGAUAGCCAAGUAGUCAAGCUUCGCCUCGUUCCGUAGAGAACCUAGCACGACCUCUGCCACGCGAGGCUGACCAGCGGCGGCUCCCGGAAUUUACACAGAAUCAGCCGGAAUGGAGGCACUCCUCUCUCUGGCCUUCGAUAAUCUCUCGUCGAAGAACACGGACAAAGUCCGGACUGGCCUGAAGCAGAUUGAAGGACUUCUGGCCCAGAUAUGCCUUUCGAAAGCCACAAAACUAGGUCACAACAGACGAGCAUCCGUCAUAACUUCUAGCAACAGCGAAACGCCCAAGACGCUUCGCGAGCUACCCAUAGAUCCGGCCUUUAGAGAAUUCUUCCGGUUGCAGGAGAGUUUCGAGUAUAAUGUCGCUACACACCUCCUCGCGACGCUUAAUGCACUACUCUCCCGCUCUCCAGGCACAGUCGAUGGCCACCUCUCUUCGACCUUGGCUGUCCUACAAGGUAUUCUCCUGCUUCACCCACCCAGCAGGCAUCUAUUCAUCAAGCAAGCCUCGAUGGAUACACUUCUCGACCUCCUUGACACUGCCAAUCCGCCUGCUGUCCAGCAAUCCGCUAUUCUUGUUCUUGUCACCGCUCUGCUUAACAAUCCACCUGCAAUACGCACCUUCGAGCGUGUGGACGGUUUGCUGAGCAUCAAAGACUUGCUUAGAAGCGAAGAGACCAGCAAGGGCGUCAAGAUGCGCGUGUUGGAAUUCCUGUACUUCUACCUCAUGCCCGAAGCGCCUUCUUCCUCGCCCCCGAUUUCACACAGCAGAGGGACGGCGCUCAGGGUAAAGAGAAGCACUAGUUCGCUAGCCGAGGACGACGAGGACGGCGGGGUUUCGAUUGUUAGCUCGAACGGCAGCUACAUGGCUGGUGGAUGGGGAUACGAUUACGACGGAGAGAGGAUGGAAAAGACCAUCAAGAGCACGAGGGAGAAACAGAGAUUGUUGGGACAGUACCUAAGCAAUGUCGAUGACCUCGUUGAGGAUCUUAGGGAGAGCAAUUUAUUCGGUUGAGGCACUCAUUGCAUGUAGCGUAUGGAUCAGUUCAGUGAGAUGUUACGGAGCUUGUGCAUGGGAAGGGAAGCAUCCAUUUUGGGGGCGGGGCUUUGACUUGUUUGUUCUCAUAUCAUGAUGGCGUCGACUUCAGGUGAGAGUAUUGGUUUCGUUCCAAAUUCGGGAGCAUUGUCGAGCAAGAAGCGUGUUUCUGAGCUUCUAUUUGGCAUUCAUUGAGCAGCUAAUACCCAUGUACGCCUACUGCUGUAACUUUAAUGGACGAACCUUUGAUCAUUUUUAUAUAUCACACUGCAUUAAACAUCCUUUAUAAAGUCUGAAUCAACAUUUCCGGAAAUCGUUUGCCAAAAU